CCAUCCUCUCGCAUUCCAGUUCUCUCAAACCCUGAAAUCUGGCGGGAGAGAGAGAGAGAGAGAGAGAGAGAGAGGGAGAUAUGGAUGUGAAGCAGGCAGGUCCAUCUCUGGAUUCGUUGAUAUCUUCUUUCAACACUCGCAUAGCAGAGCUUCAAGAGCUCGUCAUAGCUCGCAACAUGUAUCCAGCAAGCAGCGUCCCUGAUUUGUCGGCGGUCGAUGCUACAUUGAAGGCCAUGGAGCUUCAGGUGCAGCAUAUCAAAGACCGAUUGCGUGAAGAGACUCAAGCCAUCCCCAAAGCCAAUAAACUGAUUGAGGCGUCACUGCGGCAGCAGAAGAAAUUGCAAAGCAUUUCUGUCCAUGUUCCAUAUCAUUUGCCUGAAAGACUGGCUGUUAUAAAUCGGGAACCUAGUAGAUGUUUGCUGCCAGACACAUCUAAACCAGAUUUUGGUGUUCAAUCUUUGAAUCUUGAGGAUGAGCCUGCAUUAUUACCCAAAGAGAAAAAGGGUCGAGCCUCUGCACCAUUGUGGUACAUUACAUCUGACGAGCUGGAUUCCUUGUCGUCAUACAUGAGAGGAAGGCUCACUCAAGACAAAGUCAAUGCAGUUAUUAAUGAAAUGUCAACUUAUGCUGAAGCAAAUGCUCAACUUAUCACAGCCCCAAGAAAGAAGUUGUCAGAAAACAUGUUGGACAAAGCUCUGGAAUUAAGAGAGAUUGGCUCAACGGAAGCAGUGAAGGGCAAACACUUUUUCCUAGAGACAGACAUAAAAGGGCCUUCACUGAAGCUCGACAACACUGGAAAAGCAAUACUAACAGUCCUUCGUCACCUUGGUCGGAUAAGGGAGACUCGGAUUGGGCAUCACCGUGUUUAUAUUCUGCUGAAGCCCCAAUGAAUCCAACCAUGCUUCCACAAAUUUUAUUCAAGAAUAUGUAGAGUGUGCUUUCUUUCCAGUUUUUUUUUUUCCUCAGAAACUGCAAGCUAUGAAGCUUAAGAUAAUGUAACCUGAAUAGUAGGUGCAGGAAGGCAAUGUAUGCGGAAACGAUUUCUGUUUGAUCAUUCUAGUUCAAAUAAGAAAAUGAUUUUUUCUCUUGCAGAAACGGUUAUGAAAAUUCGUUGAGAACAGGAA